GGUAAUUCAUACAUAAACAAAAUGAACGUGACGGUUGAUUCUGGUGACAGCAGAUGCAGUUUGAUGCUUAUUUUUGUUAAUAGAACUUCACACUUCUAAAUAAUAAUUAGUCCAGUUGGAAGAGGAUAGUGAAGACUGAGAGCAAGGCAGGAAAAAAUAAGACUAAGUUGAUGACACUAAAUUCAGUUACUGGAACAAUGGCGAGAUCUCCAAGCAAGCGCUAUAUGUGGAUAAGAGGCUUAAUGAUAUUCUUUUGUACAUUGAUGGCUUUUAGCGGCAUUCUGCUUCUUGGAGUCGGGGUAUGGCUUGUGUGUGGAGCCACCAUCUUUGUUACUGUCCUGGGCACUUACUCGGCACAGCUCAACAUCAGCUACAUCUGCAUUGGCAUGGGUGCUGUGCUUACUCUCACCAGCUUUAUAGGAACCUCUGGGGCGUGGAAAGAAAAUCGCUGCUUUCUCAUGCUGUUUUUCUUUAUUGUGACUGCACUGUUUGUUGGAGAUUUUGUGAGCUUCAUUUUGUUCCUGGUGUACAGAGAACUGGUAAGUGUGAUGGUGCUACAGGCAAGUAGGAAGUCGCUGAAGGAGAUGUAUAUGGGUCCAGCUGCUGCAGACCCAAUCUCUACUGCAUGGAACACUGUGAUGAUCAAAUUUAAAUGUUGCGGCGUUGAGAACUCUACACAGGAUUUCAGAGACUCUGUGUUUCACAAGACAACUGGACUGAACUAUCCCAUAACCUGCUGUGUUGACAAAACAUUGCCAGCCUGCGAUGGCAUGAAAAUCGAACCUAAUCUCAUUCAACCAGUGAGCUGCUAUUCGAAAUUGGUAGCAGUUAUCAAAGAGCACAGUGCUGUUCUGGGAGCCGCAGUGGGCAUCAUAUGUUUAACUGAGCUAGCUGUCAUGAGCCUCACCAUAGUUCUGUUUUUGAAGCUGGACAUGAUGCAGCAAGAUAUUGAAGACUAUUAAGAAUAUUGAACUCCCCAGUCCUUCAACAAGAAAAUACAGUGCAAUUUACAUGCA